AAUAAGAAAAUCUCUGGAUUGCGUCGUGUUCCAAAUGGCGGCAGAAAUGUUGAACACAGUUCCUCUUCUCAUCCCGUUAUCUCAACAGCUAAAAGAAUCUCUUUCCGAAGUGCAAUACAGUCCACCUGAAGCCUCCAAUGUCUCCGUCAAGUCCAUGCUCUUGUCCCUUCUUCCCGACGCCGAUUCCCUCUCCAAUGCCUCCGAAUCUCAGAUACGUAGCAAAACCAUUGAUCUCGUUCUGUUCUGUGCUGCAUUAGCUUCUUCUGUGGAUUCGAAUUACGAACAGCUCUCAUGGAUCCCUCAUACGCUGUCUACCUCCGCCAAUUUGGCUUUUCAAAGGCUUUCAAGAGCGGUUUCUUGCAGCUUGGUGUUGGAAUUGAUGCCUGAAAUGUUGUCUCGGGUGAAGGAUACGAUUAAGGAGAGCUCAGUUAAUAAGUUAGACAGUGGUAAUGAUAUAUCAUCAGCCACGGCUAGGGCUCCGGUUGUAUUUGCUAUUGUGGCUGCAUAUCAAUUCAGAUGGUUAUUGACACAGGUGGAAUGCUCUCAUCUUGGAGGAAUCUGUACUUUGGUUGUUCCUUGUGCAUUAACAGCUCUUGAUCACUGGUCGCCAGAGGUGAAAGGGCAAGGCAUGAUGAGCUUUAUACAUGUAGCAAAAAAUGUGAAUGCUUCUGACAUAAAUUGGUAUGAAGAUGCGAUCCUUGAUGCUUGUCUCCAAAAUAUCACAUCAGCUGAUGAGAUAUGGCACCUUGUGGUGGAGAUGUCGGUGGUUAUCUUGACAUCUAUUCAUCAAAAUAAUCCCCGUAGUUCAUGGUUUGAAAGGAUAUUAACAGAGAUGUUGAGCCACUUGAGCCGCCAACCAAGACACAAAGAUCGUCGUCUAGCGUGGCUUCAACAUAUUGAGCCACUUUUCAAUGCUAUUGGUCUUGUGCUUUUAGCACAUUUCAGGCACAUAUUCCCACUGUUCUUUAAGUGGAUGCAUGCUGAUGAUGAUGAAACUGUUCUGCUCGUUCUUGAGCGGAUCCAUACAGUUUUGAAGCUAACAUGGAUAAGGAACUCCUCAUAUAUAGACAGGCUGGUGGAUGAGCUUAUUAUUCUAUACAAGGAAGCAGCAUUAAAAGUUGCUCGAGAAGAAAUUAGGUCACAUGUUGUUCGGAACUUAAUACUUAUUCAGCAAUGCAAAGGUACACAGUUUGAAGCUGUUUGGGAUAGGUACAAGGACGAUCAAAAUCUGAUAGCUGUUGGACAAUCCCUCCAUGUAAAUGUCAUUCCAGUGGAUAUCCAUUGAAAAAGGCAGCUGACCUUAAGUUUUCACCUCAUGUGGGCGGUUUUGCCACCACCACCAACUGGCCGGUCAUCUUGAAGGGUCUCUCUAUCGCCAUCUUCUGGUUUGACGCUGUCUGAUUUUACACUUCAUAUCCUAAUUGGAGCAGCAAGUGGUGGCAGGAUAUUGUAUGUCUUUCAUACACUCCUUAUUGGAGUAAGUUUUGUUUUCUAUUUAUCAAUCAAACACUUUUAUGAUAUAUAUUAUUUAUUCUCAUAUGAGAAUAAAGUCAAUUUCAAAUUUAAGGAAAGAAGGUUGUUAUUA